CGCCAAUCGCCGGCUUGUCCCGCCCGCUGAUCCCUUGCAUCGUCCGCUCAAAAUGGCGCCGCCCACCUGCCCGCCCAUCUGCAUCUGGAUCGGCAGCAGCAGCCAGGGGAACUACCUCGACAGGGAUGGCGCGAGCGACCGGCAGCCUCCUGAUUGAUUUCUCCUUCUUCUCCGCCCUUGCACUUCCCCGGCUCCCUCCCGCUGCCGCUCCCCUUCUCUCCUCCUCGUGCUUUCCUCCCCGUCUCAUCCUGGCGCUCUCGGUCGCUUUCUAGUCCCCAUCCACCUGAAUCCAACGCCUGCCAUGCUCUCCGAACGCCGCACUCCCACAGAGUCGCUCAAGCAAGAUGAUGUUACGCGGCCCCGUCGCGAAUCGCCCGCCCGAUACGUUCGCUCCGACUCGGACCACGACACCACCCAGAAGCACAUCCCCGUCGCCGCCGAAGAGGACAGCAGCCGCCUGGGUCCCAGAGACAGCGCCAGGAUCGACUCGCGCUCCAGUUCGCCGGACGGCGGUGCUCGCCGCCCUCGCCAGCGCGGCAGCGGCACCAUGGACGAUGACGGGAUGGACUAUGAGCCCCGCAACCGUUCGCCCAGCCGAGAGCAAGACCGCGAUCGCGAUCGUGAUCGUGAGCGCGAACGCGAACGAGGCCGCGAGAGAGAUCGCUAUCGAUCCAGAUCCAGAUCGCCUGUGCGAAAGAGUGGCGCGAUUUCCUCCGACGGGGCUCGUGGAAGCGGCCUGGAUCGCGAGAAGAGAAAUAACUUCGACCAGGACCCCAACGCCAAGCCCAUGAAGGUCAUUGGUGUCUUUGGCCUCAGCAAGUACACACGAUCCAACGAUCUCUACGAGCACUUUGGCAAGUUUGGCAAGAUCCUGAAGGCCACCGUCAUCAUCGACAAGCACACGAACACUUCCAGGGGAUUCGGAUUCAUUGAUUUCGCCGAGCUCACCGAUGCCACUCGAGCCAGAGAAUGCAUGAACGGAAUGGUCAUCAAUGAACGCAAGAUCCGGGUCGACUACAGCUACACCGAGAAACCCCAUGAUGGCACAAGAUUCGACGAUGAUCGCCGUCCCCGAAACGACAGUCGCGAUGAAGAUCGAAGGGAUUACUCGGACGACCGCCGCCGUCGAGACUCUGAUGAUCGUCGGUCGCGAGACUAUCACGACGACAGGCGCUAUGAUCGCGAUUAUGAUGAUCGCCGUCGCCGCGACUAUGACGACGAUCGCCGUAGAAGCAACAGAGACUCGGACGAUCGUCGCCGCCGACACUGAGAGCGAGUCUCUGCGGAGACCCGCGCGAUCAUCUCUGGAUAGAUGGGACGGGGGAUCAUGAGCUGGAGGAAUUCUCUCGUUCGGUCGAUCGAUCGAUCGUUAUCUUUGCCAUGAAACUCUUUUGAGAGAAUGGUGGAAAGAUGAUGAGGGCGAGCGAUCUUCGCAAAGGAGUGUUCGUUCGUCCAUCUGCUCCUCCUGACAUUGAUAUUGUGCACCGACCUUGUGCCUUGAACAAGACGGCAGUGCCUAUCUGAAUGCAUUUCAAUACAGUGCUUACAGCAUGCAACCAAG